AGUUGGUCUGGUUAUGGUUUUGACCAAUAACGGAACUAACCCGACCCAUGAACACCCCUACCGAUCAUUUUUCGUCCCUCUCAUUCCACCAACUUCAAUGGAUUCAGACGAAGUUGUUUAUGAUGUCCCAGUAUUUUUUAAGGUCUACAAAGAUGGCCGUAUUGAAAAGUAUCGAAAGCAUGAUUUUGCACCUCCUUCUGAUAAUCCAAUCACCGGUGUUCGAUCCAAAGAUAUCGUUAUCGUUCCCGAAAACAACGUAAUUGUACGCCUUUACCUGCCUAAAAUAACCCAAAAUGACCAGAAAUUUCCACUCCUUGUGUACAUUCAUGGGGGUGGAUUUACGAUCGAAUCGGCAUUUUCUACUUACUAUGAUAGUUAUCUCCAUUCUCUAGCUGCAGAAACCAAUGUGUUUGUUGUAUCUGUUGAGUACCGAUUGGCACCUGAACACAUGAUUCCUGCGUGUUAUGAUGAUUCGUGGGCUGCCAUGAAAUGGGUGUCUCAGCAUGCUAAUGGCGAACAAGGAACUGAACCAUGGCUGAAAACUCAUGCUGACUUCUCCCGUGUUUUCUUGUCAGGUGAUAGCGCAGGAGCCAAUAUUGCUCAUAACAUGAUGAUGCGAGCAAAUAUGGAUGAAGAUAAACUUGGAGAUGGCUUAAGGCUUGUCGGAAUGGCAUUAAUUCAACCCUUUUUCGGGAACCAUGAGCCAGAUAGAAUUUGGUCGUAUUGUUGCCCUGAAAAUCCCAAAUCUGAUGACCCCAGAUUUAAUCCAGCAGUACAUCCAAAUUUGCUAUCCAAGCUUGUUUGCUCCAAAGUUCUGAUAUGUACCGGGGGCGCGGAUUUUAUACGGGACAGAGGAUGGACUUACUAUGAGGCGCUGAAGCAGUGUGGAUGGAAAGGCCAAGUGGAGAUUAAAGAAUCAGAAGAGGAAGAACAUGUUUUCCAUUUGAUUAACCCUACUUGUGAGAGAGCAAAGGCCUUGAUGAAAUGGAUGGGCGAUUUCUUUCAACAAUCAAGCUGAAUUCUUACAGAGUAAAAUCUAUGUACUGUUGAUGCAGUUGUUUCUAUUUUCUUCUUUGAUCAAACCAUUUGGACAUAGAUUUUGAAAUUUAUGAACUUAUAUAUAUAUAUAACUAUGAAAAAGUUGUGUGUUUUGAAGGCAAAAAUUGAAGCAAAAGAGGCAAAGUGCCAAUGA